CUUCCACUAAACAAUCAGCUCAGAACAUCAGGUGAGAGCAGGUUGCUGCACCUGCACAAUCAGUGAGGUGUGGUUCUGUUAGCUGGUAUGACCUCAAGUCAUGAUCUUAGUCUGAAGGAGAAAUUAAUAAAGAGCUUUCUUUUUUAUUAUUAUUAAACACACAGUGAGGGCUCAAAAACCUGCAUCCACAGCUGUUGAAGCCUUUCUCCUGAAAUGAAGGUUUGGAUAUCCUGUCUGCUGCUUGGCAGCAUCAGCUGUUCUCCUCCACAAGGAGAUGGAUCGAGCAGUCUAGGACUGAACCACAUGUGGCCGUUCUUCCUUUCACCUUUUUCUGUUGGAUCAGAUUUGUCUGAGGAACCAUCUUCUGUCUCUGACCGUUCCAACCGUCAAAGGCUCCUCCAGAGCAGCAACAUGGGUGGUGCUAGAGAUCCAGGUUUCCGGGCUCACGAUUUCAUCCCAGAGUUCUUUCAGUUUUGGGAUCCAGAAAUCAUUGAAGCUGCCUCUGCAGGGAGCAGCAGCCCCCACCAGUCUGCAGAGGAGAGCUGGAGCCAUGCUCCUGAUCAGGAGGAGCCUUUCUUCACCGACAUGAACGGUCAUGAUCCGGUCUUCACUCUGGACUCUCACUCAAACUACCUGCGAAAGAGGAACAUUGCUACAAAGGCUAGCUUUACCCCGAGGGGGUUGAAUCCCAAAAAAAGGCCGUGGACUUCAUCCUGAACCCUCCUGAUGGUUUGGCCAGACGGAGCUUUUGAAGUUUUUGAUUGAUCGAAACCUUCAAGAUGGCCUUCCUUACCCAUAUUUGGUGCAAAUAAACUCUUUGCUUUUCA